GAGAAUGCUGCGUCAUGUUGACGCUGGAAGGGUCGCUCUCGCAGCUCCAAACUAGAAACCCUUCCGCUAUAAAACCCUCGCUCCAACGCCUCGAAACAACACAGUUCUACUCUCCGCUCUAAAUUCUCUGUUUCUCUCUCUCUCUCUCGAUCAAUCAUGGCUUUGCCCAAUCAGCAAACCGUCGAUUACCCUAGUUUCAAACUCGUCAUCGUCGGUGACGGUGGUACAGGAAAGACAACGUUCGUGAAAAGGCAUCUUACCGGUGAAUUUGAGAAGAAAUACGAACCGACCAUUGGAGUGGAGGUUCACCCAUUGGAUUUCUUCACAAACUGUGGAAAGAUUCGCUUCUACUGUUGGGAUACUGCCGGACAAGAAAAGUUUGGUGGCCUCAGGGAUGGAUAUUAUAUCCAUGGGCAAUGCGCCAUUAUCAUGUUUGAUGUUACUGCCCGACUAACUUACAAAAAUGUCCCUACCUGGCAUCGGGAUCUUUGCCGGGUCUGUGAGAACAUCCCAAUUGUUCUUUGCGGUAACAAGGUUGAUGUGAAGAACAGGCAAGUGAAGGCAAAGCAGGUUACUUUCCACAGGAAGAAGAAUUUACAGUACUAUGAGAUUUCAGCUAAAAGCAACUACAAUUUUGAGAAGCCUUUCCUGUAUUUGGCCAGAAAACUUGCAGGUGAUCCUAACUUGCACUUUGUGGAGUCUCCUGCAUUGGCUCCACCAGAAGUUCAAAUUGAUUUAGCUGCACAGCAACAACAUGAGGCCGAGCUUCUUGCAGCUGCUAGUCAGCCCCUUCCUGACGAUGAUGAUGAAUCUUUUGAGUAAAAUUGUGCCUUUUGAGUCGUGCUACUGCUUAUGCUACAGUAUGUAUUUUGGGGGGUGUAAUGUUGACAGUUUUGGAUGCCGGAUUUGAGUGUCAGAAAUUUAAUCAUUUUGCUUUAAUCUUAAAAAAAAUCUCCCAAUAGUUUGACAUAUCCUUGUAGCCAAGGGCUGUAGUACGUGCGUUUGUGUUAUUUGGCUCUCUUGAAGAGACAGCGGGGCAAGGCUGUGCCCAAGUGCUAUUUUGAUUCUCGAGUUUGGUGCGUCCAAAAAGAAAUGAUAUGAUUAUAUUGGUUUAAAUUCCUCCUAUUGAAAUAAUGUAGAACAAUGUCCCGAUAGUUUGGUGAAAGUCAAUUUUAUAUUCAGUGAACAAUGUCGAAAACAUUGCGGAUA